UUUGGCCGCGAUCAUUUUGGCAACACUGUCUUACACGUUGGCGCUCAACAGUCAGCCACAAUUGACCAUAAAAGCAGUGAAAAACAAAAAGUUUGACGACUUCCAUAUCAUCGGGAAAACAUUCGACACUGGAAACAUAGUAGAUUGUCUGGAGCACUGUUUAGAGGACUGUCGCUGUCAGUCGUUUCAAAUUUGUGGAGGGACAAAAUGUCAGCUGUGUUCAAGUCACAAGGAAGAAAGCGGCUCAUUGCUUCAUGACAAUGAUACCUGCAUCUAUGCUAUGUACGAGAUGCGAAAUUCUCAGGUAUGAUAAUGCUCUUAAAAUUUGCCAUAUAUGCUUUUCCAUGCAAUUUUCCGUCUCUGAAAGUUACGUCUUAAUUUCCCUAUUGUUAAUGUUCGAAAAGAUAUCAGCCACAUUAUUACUUUAUUUGAAUUCCCGGCUGAAUUCCAUGCACGGUAAAUUUGGUCCUGCAUGUGCAGCCUGUGAGCAUAGCUCGCUCUUUGCCCAAUCCUCGGAGUAAAUACAGUUUUGAAUUCCACGUCCAAUAAUCGUUGAUGUUAAAAAACUAAUUCUCUGAUCCGAGUUUGCCUUAUCGUUUCUCCGUUCAGUGUAUAUAGGAAUCGUUCAAUGACCAGCCCUCAUUCUUUCCCACUAUAGCUACAUCACCAUGUAUAUAGUGCCAGGGAAAGUCCUUGCUUGUAUAAAGUACAAUGCCGUUUUAUCUUCUUAGAAAUUCGACGACCACUGUUCAACCAUACCUUGUCCAAAGGACAAUUGUUGUCAACAACAUUCUGGUCUCUGUCCCGGCAUGAGAAAAAUAUGUAAACCAUUCAACUCCGCCAUGAAGCCCUGGAAACGUUUCAUCUGCGAAUGCCAGAGUGGUUACGGUGGAGACAACUGUGAUCAGACUGGAACCGCGACAGGUUGA